AUGGAGAAAAACCGAGCUCGUCUCACGCUCUCCAUUUUAUGCCUCUAUGUUUGUUUUGCAGCCAUCUCUCUUGUACAUUGUGAUGCGAGAAAAUCAGUUCACUUAUUCACACCUCAACAAUAUUCAAGAAGUUCGAGCAUCAAAUUUACUAGAAAAAUGCACGAUUUGAAACGGUUUAACACUGAAAAAGGACACUCGUUUUUUGAACCCAUUUUAAAGCAACUUGUUAUGCCAUUGGAUGCAUCAAAUAGUGAUCCUUAUAUUAGUUCACCAUCCUCUAUGCCACCAUAUGACUCCCUUGCUCCCAUACCCUUGCCUGAUAAUAGCCCUCCAUAUUGUUUAUAUCCCCCAUUCACCCCACAGGCCCCUUCAACCAUCCCAAGCCCAACAGGUGGCUACACCCCAUUACCCCCUCCAGCCUCUUCUGGGCCCACAUUGCCCGGCCCAAGCCCACCUGAAGGGUCUCUACCAAACCCACCAACUACUGUUCCUAACCCACCUAGUGUUGUCCCAAAUCCACCUAAUUAUGUACCAAGCCCACCAUAUAAUGUUCAGACACCAACUCAACCCGGGCUUAGCCCACCUUCCUUUACACUCAGCCCACCUGUCAACGUCCCAUCACCUUCUGGCGGAUACGUUCCGAGCCCACACAUUUUCCUGCCCCCCAUUGUUUAUCCACCGCCCACGGUGCCACCGCCACCUCACACUGCCUCUGGCACGAGCCUUUGGUGUGUGGCAAAACCAUCAGUGCCCGACCCGAUCAUCCAAGAAGCAAUGAACUACGCCUGCGGAUCUGGAGCGGAUUGCGAUCAAAUUCAGCCUAGUGGAUCGUGUUUUCAGCCCAACACUCUAUUUGCACAUGCAUCGUACGCAUUCAACAGCUAUUGGCAGAGAACUAAGGUGGCUGGAGGCACGUGUGAAUUUGGAGGAACGGCCAUGCUCGUUACCGUGGAUCCAAGUUACGAUGGGUGCCACUUCAUCUACUUUUGA